GACGUUCAGUGCACGUUGGUACUUUGGCGUGAUCACUCGCGAUCGCGCUUCCCACCCAGAUGAUCCCUUCCCUCGAUCAUUGAGAAUUAAAUUACACAGAAAUCCGGUGAUUUUUCGCGCGCAAGUGUUAAAGUGUUUUCCCGCACAUUGAUCUGUGACGAAAAUUGGACGCAACAAUAAAAAAGAAUUUUAUCAAAUCCGGGAUUAUUGUGUGGAUAGAUCACGAGGAUAAAAAAAGCCCAUAAAGGCAAAAAUCUCAAUAAAAUUAGCAAGUUACAUCGCCAUGCAUUUUGACGCUGGGACGUAGAAAAUGAUUUGUGCUUAAGCUCAUUUGUGUGUUGAAUCAUUAAGAGAGAGAAAGAUACUCUUGUGGUGGAUACGAAGAACUUCCUCAGCAAAAGUGCAAAACCUCGCGUAUACGCGGCUAAAAUAUUAAUCUCUUGUGGUGAUUUCUAAAGUGUCGUGCUAAAAAUGAAGCUAAUCAAUUUUAUGGGCUUUUGUGCAUGCCUGUGUAUUUUACCCGCAACAAUAUUUGGACAAACUUUCAAAGGUACACCAAUUAAUCAUGGACCUGUGGGCGCCCACAGGGUGAUACCGCGAACAGAUUUCUCCUGCCGCGGACGACCGGCUGGCUAUUAUGCCGACAUCGAGACCGGCUGCGAAAUUUAUCACAUGUGUGACGGUCUAGGUCGUCAGUUCAGCUACGCCUGCCCCAAUACAACGCUCUUCCAGCAGCGGAUGCUGAUAUGCGAUCACUGGUACAUGGUGAACUGCUCGCGCGCCGAGAGCAACUAUGCCGCCAACUUGCUGAUCGGUCAGCGUGACAAGCCAUUUGUCGGCGAGGAGGAGCAUGAGCUGCGAACACCACGUCCAGAUCUUCUCGAUCGCCCCUAUUCACCCGACUAUUCCGGGGAAUCCUUCCGGAGGCACUUUAAGACCACCCCAGCCAUACAGAAUACAAUUUCGGGAAGAGAUAGUCAACCGAAGGCCUCAUCUGGCAAAACAAUCGAGAGUGAUGGAUUUCUGGAGACGGCAAAUUCAAAUUACCAGGGUCCCCAGAUCUUGCCAAUUCACUGGAGCACGAAAAAUGGUAAUGCUGCUGAGGCAACACCAUCCGUUCGGCGAGAUGUGAAGAAUGAGGAAUUUGUGCCGGCCAACCGCAGAGUGGAUGAGGUGGCUGAGGUGCCAGCAGAUGAUGGGAAGGCUGAGAUAAUAGUCUUGCCAUCACCAACGGGAUUUUCUGUGCCAGCAAAGACGGUGAAGGCACCCCCAGCAACACCGACACCAGUGAAGAAUGCUUCAGUGAAGAAGCCAUCCUUGCUGUAUGAACCACCAUUCCUGCUGCCAGACUACAAUCGCAAUGUCAGGACACAAGCUACUGUUAAGGCUACAACCCCGCCGAAUACGCCACAGAUUCAGAACACGGGAAAACCCUUCACUGCAUCCGGAGUUAAGGAUCCCAUUGUCGAUAAGGUGUCUAAAGUGAGGAAUGCCCCACGUACGGAACCCCCAGUGACGGCAACAGCGAGAGUUUUGUCCGAUAAUCCCUUCAUUGCAAAUUCUCUGCAAACUGCCAAACCAACAGUAGUGCUCCAGCAGACUAACAAACCAGCAACACCUGCCCCAAGUAUUGUUUCGCAGAAUCCUUUCAUUGCAAAAGCCGUGCAGACAGCUAAGCCCACGGUGGGGACACAGCAGCUAAACAGCAGGCCCAGCCCGACACUUCCACUACCCUCAAGGGAGCUUCUGCCACCACGUCCGGAUGUACGGAAGCACGAUGAUGCCACAACUGAAGGUCCACCAAUAUACUACGAAUGGAAAUGGGCUGUUCCUGCAUACGUCCUGGAGCCACCGAAACCGCUGAAUGACACCGCAGCCACAGCAGCAUCGAGGAAGCAACAAGGAACCGCCGCACCUAUACCGGAUAAAUUUGCCCACAAUCCUUUCCUUUCGCGCGCUUUUCAGGGCAAAGGAGGUCCAAGUUCAUCCGAACGCAGUCCCACCCCACGAGCAUUUUCAGCUGCAAACAACAAAGGUUCCACGGAUAAACCGAAACAGCAGGAGCCUGCGAAUGAUUACAACGAAUUGAAGAAGACUCUGCUCAUCCCAGACUUUGAGUUUCCCCUUGAGAAGGAUGUUCGACCGGGUUUUGAUCAGAAGGAAGCUCGGAAUUCCUUCCAACUCGUAAUACCCACAAAGAGUGACAAACCAUGGUACGGAGAGAAUCCCAAAUGCCCUGAUUGCCAUCCUGCUUACCUUCAGCCGGGAACCUGUGAACCCUGUAUUCGAAUUAGAUAAUCCCAAAUGGGAUUGUGUGGGUGGUACAACAAGGAGGAAAAAUGGGUAAGGAGUUGGGGUAGGAGUUCCAUGUAGUAGCCAGUCAAUUGAGUCCCCUCUAUACGAUAAGUUCUGUGUACGAAAUACUCUUUGAUAAAAAUCGCAAUACUGGGAGUAAAUUUGGUCAUAACUCAGUGACAAAACUAUUUUAUAAAUUUAAAAAUAUAAUUUAGUAAUAAAAGACUUACAAAUUAA